AUUGAUGCGCUGUUUCUUUGAAGUUUUCAAAUAGAAAAAGGAAAAAGCAAAUACUAUCUCCUCUGCUAAGUUUCCUGUUUCUGCUGAUUAUCCCAAUCAUGUUCAAACAAUUCUGGGGUUCUCAAGGGCAACAAGCUCAGCAACGUCCACAGGAGGGUAAUAAUGAUCCAUGGUAUGCACCAUCUGCAAGCAGCUCUCCCGGGUCUUCCCGUCCCGCAACUCCUAGUCCAAGCUCUUCAGGAAGCUUUGGUGCCCAAAGACCAACAGAUAGGCCAAGCUCAGCAUCACACGUUUCCCCUGCAGAGGCUGCAUGCAUUAUUAAUGCUUUAAAGGAUAAGAGUGUUGAUGAGCUAAGGAAGCUUCUAUCUGGCGACGAUGUUUAUCAGAACUUCUUACUUUCACUUGAGCCUGUCAAAACUCAGAAUAAGGUCAGGGAUGAGCUUCGGAAUGAAACUCUGCAGCUUGCUAGGGAGAAUUUAGAGAAAGAACCGCGGAUAAUGGAGCUUAGGAAUCAGUGCAGAAUCAUCCGCACCACUGAAUUGGCUGCUGCUCAAGAAAAGCUGCAUGAACUGGAAAGGAGAAAAGAAGAGCUUUUGAAAUUAUACUCUCCUGCAUCACUCCUCCAUCGGUUACAAGAUGCCAUGAAUAAGACUGACAAGGAAUCUGAAAGUCUACACAGACAGUUUCUUGAUGGGGAAAUUGAUCUUACAACAUUUGUGCAGAAGUACAAAAAACUGCGAUACAGUUACCACAAACGUGCACUCACACACCUUGCUGCAAAGACAUCUGUAACUGGCUGAAUGUUGCUUAAUAUGAUGUGUGUGAAUAUUAUAGCUGAGCCUGCCUUUGCUGCUAAAACUACGUGUAUACGAAAGACUGCUUCAGAUGUAAUAUUGUGAUUGAUUUCUGCCAGCUUGACCUCCACUGUGUGCUUGAUAUAAGAGAGGACUAUUAAAUUUUUCUGAUAAGAUAAGACAAAUAUUAGAUUAAUUGUGGUAUAUAUGUUAGAAAAUGGUCAAUCUCAUCUUAUCUCGGAUCUCCCGGGUGUGGGGGUGUUGUUGAAUGGUUUUAUUGUUAGUAUUACUGUAAUUGGUUCAGGGGAGCACAGGAUCCGCUGUCUGUUGCUGUAGUUUAUUGAUUGCAGCUAUUUGUUGUGGCUGUUGAUUCCAAGAACACAAAUUGUUUGUAAAGCAUCAAUUGCAUAGUCUGAAUACUUGAAUA